CGCGGCGCGGCCCGUGACGUAACGCGAGCGCCCGCGCAGGCGCAGAGAGCGCCGAGGGGCGGCGGCGGCGUGAGGGGAGCGGGAACGGAGAUGACUCCAAAGAAGAGCCCGGACACGUCGGUGCUGGAGUUGGCCGUGAGGCUGAGGAAACAGGCCGAGUCCAGGAAGGUGGUGCUGGCCUGGGGGCUCCUCAACAUCUCCCUGGCCGGGCUCAUCUACACAGAAAUGACUGGGAAGCUCCUGAGCACCUAUUACAACAUCAGCUGCUUCCCUCUGUGGUACAUCGAGUUCGCCUUGGCCUCCCUGUUCAGCCUCAACGCCCUCUUCGACUUCUGGCGCUACUUCACGUCUGCGGCGGCGCCGGCGGGGCCGGCCGGGACCCCCAGCCCGCAGGUCCUGGGCUGGCUGCGCAGGGCAGCCGUGCAGGUCACCCCCCCUCGGGAUCCCUCAGCCAAGCGGGUGCUGUCCCUGCCGCCGUCGCCCCCGAUCCAGGGGCAGUGUGUGCUCAGCUACAGCCCCUCCCGCUCCCCCAGCGCCAGCCCCAAGUUCUCCUCGGGGUGUGUGAGUGGAUUCAGCCCCCAGCUCCAGGCCUUGGCCAGCCCUUCCCACGCCGGCUCCGGCUCCUACUCCCCCGGCAGCACCUACGGCAAGGUUUCCAGCUUCAGCCACUCUCCCAACGGCUCCCCCUAUUCCCCGGGAGCGGCGGACGGCGGCGGGAUGAGGUCCCACUACCGGUUCUCCCCCAUCCUGUACAACAACAACACCCACAAGGAUGACUACAUCACUGAUGUCAAAUCCCUGGACACCUUCCUGAGGAACGAGGAGGAGAAACAGCACAGAGUCCAGCUGGGGAGCUCCGACUCCAGCUCCCCCUCCAGCAGCCCAACCUUCUGGAAUUACAGCCGCUCCAUGGCAGACCACGCCCAGAUCCUGAGGAAAUUCCAGUACCAGCUGGCCUGCAGGUCCCAGGCUCCGUCAGCACACAAGGAUGAGGCAGAUCUGAGCUCCAAACAGGCAGCAGAGGAGGUCUGGGCGCGGGUGACGAUGAACAGGCAGCUCCUGGAUCACAUGGAUUCCUGGACAGCCAAGUUCAGGAAUUGGAUCAACGACACCAUCCUGGUGCCCCUGGUGGAGGAGAUGGAGUCGGUGAGCACCCAGCUGAGGAGGAUGGGCUGCCCCGAGCUGCAGAUCGGAGAGGCCAGCAUCAGCAGCCUGAAGCAGGCAGCCCUGGUGAAAGCUCCUCUCAUCCCCACCCUCAACGCCCUGGUGCAGUACCUGGAUCUCACCCCAAACCAGGAAUACCUGGUGGAAAGGAUCAGAGAGCUUUCCCAGGGCGGCUGCAUGAGCUCCUUCCGAUGGAACGGAGGAGGGGACUUCAAGGGACGCAAGUGGGACACGGACCUGCCCACGGACUCCUCGAUCCUCAUGCACGUGUUCUGCACCUACCUGGACUCCAGGCUCCCUCCUCACCCCAAGUACCCCGACGGCAAAACCUUCACUUCCCAGCACUUCAUCCAGAGCCCGGAUAAACCAGACACUUCCAACGAGAACCUGUUCUGCAUCUACCAGAGCAGCAUCAACCCGCCCCACUACGAGCUCAUCUACGAGUGCCACGUCUACAGCCUGCCCAAGGGCAGGAAUAACAUGUUCCACACCCUGCUCAUGUUCCUGUACAUCAUCAAGACCAAGGAAUCCGGGAUGCUGGGGCGUGUCAAUCUGGGACUGUCGGGAGUCAACAUCCUGUGGAUCUUCGGGGAGUGACCCAUCCCUGCUCCCAGACAUCCACGGUUUUGGGUUAAACCCGGAUCAUUUAAGCUCAGCUUAGCACACAGAGCAGGGAAGUGUCUGGAAUUCCUGCGUGGAGUUCUUCCUGAGGCAUCCUAUGGAAUAUUUCACCUGGGAACGAGCUCCAGGCGGGAUUAGGAUUCUCCUUCCCGCUCCUCACCUGAACAGCCCGGCUUAAACUGAGCUUAACUGAUCCAGACUAAACCUGUGAGGGUCGUGCACAGCCAUGGAGGAUCCAACACUUGGAAGGAUCCAACACUCUGGGACACUCCAGGAUCCAAGAAAUCCCAGCUGGACACGAGGAAAUCCGAACCAGGGGGGUUUAGACUCGGCUUUGCUUCGUUUUAUUAUAAAAACCCCACAACUUUUGCUCCUGGUUAUCAGUGUAAUCGUGCCUCUGACCCCACAAAGUGUUGCUGGAAAUGGAAGAGAAACCCUUUGGACUCGCUGGGUUCAGCAAAUCCCAGUUUUUUUGCUUAUAUUUGGAAGUUUUAUUUUCAUUAUUUUUUUUUUUUAAGUUAAUCGUUCAGUUCCAAACCAGCUCGGCCUCCCGGGUGCCUUGGGAUUUAAUUCUGCUCCUCCCCUUUUGUUCAUUAAUUACCUCUUUUUUUUAGGGACUGGGAUGUGGCUGCAGCACCUUGGUGCUGGGAAACCAAACUUUUUUUUUCCAAAAAGGGGCUCAGUUGAUGUUUGUUUGCCAAAUUCCCACUUCAGUUAUUCCUGCUGCUGUAAAUUCUGGCAAAGGUGAAUUUGUGUAGGACCACGAAUCCGUGGGAUCCCUGGAGUUUAUUUUUCAUGGAGGUGGGAAAGGAGGGAUUUGUGGAACUUUGUGCUCUUUUUUGGUGUGAACUGACGGGUUUUGGUGACUCUCCCUUCCUCUGGGGGACCCGGGUUUUUCCGAGGAACGGGACCAAAGUGGCUCAUUUGGUUCCUGAAUUAAAUAAGUUCUGUUU